UCAUGAGGAUUAUUGCGUGGAACUGCCGGGUCUUCACCGUGUACCGACAAUUCCGAGCUAGCGGAGUUGAACAAAUUAGUCUACCCUGACUUGCUUAUUCGAUCAAAAACACGAGUCAAUGAAGACAGACGCGUAUAUUCGACCAUUUGGUGCUUUUGGCCCUCGACCUCCUUUUGACCUCGACAACGCUCCAUCUUAUCUGCUUGAGUCUAGGUGAUUCUAACGAUACUUUGGAAGACUGUGAAGAAAAUAGAAGAUCGGUUCAGUUUCCUGAUAAUACUCUGCGACAGAAAAGAUACAAGGGUUAGAGAAACUGAAGGAAUGACUCAUUGAUAUUCCGCUGCGUAUACUAUCCCUCAUACAGACCCCACCUUGGUGAAAGGCUAUGCUCUGCUCCUAGUUACAUAAAGCAGUUGUGUUCCAAAGUGAUUGCUUGCUAGCAGUCAAAGCCCUCUCCAAAACAAGUUUCCAGGAUGUGGCUAUCCUGGAGGGAAUUAGAAGCCAUUUUGUCCAUACCUAUAGCUUGCUGGAGCAUUGGGAGAUUGUAAAGAUCAGUAGAUAAGUGAAUUUUGUGGCUCACAACUUUGCUAGAUAUGCACUCUUUUUUUGGACUAGAAGGUGCGCUCAACAGUGAUCAUUAUAGUCAUGCUACCAUCAACAAUUACAAAGCUUGAAACCCACCAUGCCACCCAAACGUAUCCCACCGCUUGAGAUCCCUAUGGAGGAUCAUUAUGUCGGUCGUAUGACCUAUAAGGGUUCCGGGAGGUUAACAAAAUUGAAGAAAAGAUUUGAGGAGCAUGGAUUGUUGGGGAGGGUGAAUGAGUCUAUUUUUGGACCAUUCUUCAUAGCCCCUCCCUUUUCGUUCUCUGGGGCAUUGGUGCACACACUGCUUUUGCGGAAGGUCAAGUCUCUGCGUGGCGAUGAGGUGCACUUCUUGAUGGGCCCAAACUUAUGUAAGUUUGGGGUGCACGAUUUUUCCAUUAUCACCGGCAUGAGCUGCUCCUGUCCACCACUUGCCGUUGACAUUGAACCUCACAUUACUUCCUCCCGCCUAGUUGAUACAUAUUUCAGUGUGGAACCCGAGAAAAACAUUCGGUUGAGUAUGUUGGAACGAGCUUUUAGUAUGUGCGAUGUACCUGAUGAUUUGUACAAGCUCGGUUUGGUUUACUUUGUGGAGGGGAUACUAUUGGGCGCUGAGAACGACAAUGCUAUUUGGCGAGAUUCAUUGUCGAUGGUCGAGGAUUUAGAUUAUUUUGAGAAGUAUCCAUGGGGAUCCCUUUCAUUCGAUACAACUGUGAAACAAUUCAAUAGAGAUAUGAAAGCGAUUGGUGGUACAAUACCAGGUAAGAAGGCGAAGAAGAUCACUGAGGUGGAGUCUUUUAAGGGUUUUAAGGUGGAGGAAAAGUACACUUGCAAGGGGUAUCCACCAGCCUUGCAAUAUUGGGCAUACGAGACGAUUCUUGAUUUACAGAAGGAACACGCCAAGCCCUGUGGAUUCAAGUUCCCUAGGAUGCUACAGUGGGAGAGCAUAGGCCAGCCGAAGCAUUUGCAUUUGAAGGAUGUACUUGCGAGGAGACAUUUGUCAUGCAUUUCUAUCCUAAGGCCUCGACCAAAUGAGCGAGACUUCUUUGAUGUCAUAUAUCAGAGGACAGGGGGGGAUGCUCCUAGGUAUGCGAUGCUGCAGAAUAUGAUCCAACCUGCACCAGAGGAUGGAAAACCUUACGAUCCUGAGGCAGAGGCUGCUGCGGUGGCUGAGAUAGCCGUUGAGGCUGGCAUAUUUGUGGAGGAUGCCCCGACAGAGUCUGCUCCAGAUACUAGUACAGAACCUACUUCUGCUCUUGCUCCUGCUCCUGGGGCUUAUGAGGAGGUGUUGGGUGAGAUAGCCAGACUAUCAGGUGCAGUGGACGAUGUUAAGGCCACUCUAGGUAUCGUCCUUAAAAAUCAAGAAGUCAUAUUAGAGAAGCUGGCAACACUAGGUGGUAUACCUACUCCUGCACAUACUCAUGCACCCACUCCAACAGAUGAUGUAGAGUACGACAUUCUCCCCUCAUGUUACGAGCCUUCUGUUGGAGAAGCCACACCUUCUCAGCCAGUGCAAACGGUCUUAGGUAAGCGCACUAGACAGAGACCAGUGAGGUACGAGGACUAUACUCCAGCAGCCAAGAAACCAAAGUUCAAGGACCCAGUUACGAUCCUUCCUUUAAAGGUGUUGGAUCAAGAUAUGUUGACAACUUUUAACCGAUGGGUACUCGGUGAGAUUGACAACAGCAGACCGAGGAAGUUGGAAUGUUGUGAUGGGACCCCUGUUUUGUUCUUGAAGUUAAAGGUGGCAAAAGAAUGGUUGGAAAAAAAUCAUCCCGACGCUGCGAAUUAUCUUAUACGAAGACGUCUUUUUGAGUUUCCGAAGACGUACCCCGUGAAAGCCACCGUACUUGAUUCAUCAUUUGCACAAUAUAUUCCUGCCAGAUACGAGGAAUUCAAGAAAAAUGGCAGGACUUACCAAUGGGACUCGGACAUUCUUGAUUUCCUGAAAGGAGAUGCCAAAAAGUACAAGAAGCCUUGGGGUGAUUGCAACGAGGUCUACUUCCACUGGUGCAUGGAAAAUCGGCACUGGGUCCUUUGCGAAAUAAAUUUUGCUGAUUGGAUGAUCACUGUAUUUGACUCAGAUCAUUCUAACUUUAGCCAUAAUAAGUUUUCUGAGUUGAUCGAGCCUUAGACUAGGAUGCUUCCAUCUUUACUCAACGCUUCUGGUAUGUUUAAAGGACACCCCAAGUUGAAAAUAGCUAGACCGAAGAUCACCGUUCCAAACUUUGAUUGGCGGCGCAUGUCCACUGAUAUUGUCCCACAGUCUAGAACCAGCGGAGAUUGCGGCGUAUUCGCCAUCAAACACUUGGAGUUCAUUCUUGGAGACAUUCCCUUAUCAUAUGCCAUUGAGGACAACAUUCAGUACUUCAGGGAUAAAUUAUGCAUCGAUAUUUUUUAUGAAAAUGUGUACCCAUGAUGUUAGAACAUUUAUUUUGAUUUCGAUGACACACAAUAGUAUAUUUCUCCUUAGUAUUGUAUAUAAAAAAUGUCGUUUCGAUUAACAAAGUCCAUUAAUACACAAAUAUAAAGAGUAACAAAGUCCAUUAAUACACAAAUAAAAAUAGUAACAAAGUCCAUCAAUACACAAAUAAAAAGAGUAACAAAGUCCAUCAAUACACAAAUAAAAAGAGUAACAAAGACCAUUAGUACCCAAAUAAAAAGUUUAACAUUGAUGCCAUAAAUUUCAAACACGAACUUUACAAGUUGCCCUAUUAUGGCCUAGACCUCCACAAGU